AAUAAACAUGAUGUUACUUUCUUUUUGUUUUUUUAAUAGCCUGGUUGUUGCCAAUGGUGGUCUGGGUAACGGUGUGAGCAGGACCCGGCUGCUCCUGGUCUUAGAGACGUGUGGAGUGGUGGACGCUCUCCUGAUGCCGCCUAUGAAGCCCUACUCGUUUGUAAGAUACAAAACUACAGAAGAAUCCGAGAAAGCCUGUGUUACUCUCAAUGGAAAAGAAAUAAUGAAUGAUUUAGGGCAAAAGAUCAUUCUGUACUUGAAUUUCGUGGAAAAAGUACAGUGGAAAGAGUUGAGUCAUCAAGCCUUACCUCCAGGCCUCAUGGUAGUAGAAGAAAUUGUUUCUUCUGAUGAUGAAAAAAUGCUUUUGGAAAGCAUUAACUGGUCAGAAGAUACAGACUAUCAAAAUGGUCUUCCUGACAUUUGGGAUAGCAUUUUGAAAAAGUGGUUGAACAAAGGUUUCAUUAAACAUAAACCUGAUCAGUUGACCAUCAACCAGUAUGAGCCUGGGCAUGGUGAGUAUUUCUUCUUUUAAAAUUCCAGUCAUGUAUUUCAUAACUAAGUAGAUUAUGUAA